GAGCCAACCUACACACCGCAAAACAAUAAACAUCAAAAUCACCUUGUGUCACAGCAGCUCCGCUAGCCAAGAAACCGCGGCGGUGACAGCAACAACAAUCCAACUGUUAAUUCGUGUGUGAUUUGCUUUUGAUCGACUUUAAAACAAACGUUACUCGGCCUGAUGCUAAAUUAGUUUGGAUCUAAAUUUCAAUUGCGGCUAGCGUUUUAAUGUAUAGGAUUAGCAGCCCGAAGCCAUGCUCUUAUUUGCGUAUUUUAUUGUACACGUCUACAAAUUGUCGGCUAUUUUGGGACAAAAGUUAGAAAACUUCUUUCUUCUCCCAUGAGUCGUGUGUGUUUCAUGAGUGGCUACAUUGUUUGUGUAUUACCAUUUAGUAGUAUAUAAAGCUAUUGCGCAGCGCAUUUGGUUGCGCAGUUGUCGGCUUUGAACAGUCCCGAAAAAACGUUUGCACCGAUUUCGAGUACUGGCAGACAGGUCGACAGACCGGCCGAAAUCACAAGAUCAAGAGUUAAGGCGAGACGACCCGACCAACCAACAACUGUACAGCCGAAUUGUAGGAGCGUAAAAGACAAAAGACUUAAGCGACAAACUUAGUUUAAAAGUCAUAAAUCAAAGCUUGAGCCCAAUUAACGCUAGUCGUGUACUAUUAUCAGGCGUGCGCUUACCGUGAAAUGAUACGCUUUGGUGUGCUGUUGGUGCUGCUGUGCGCUGGCGCAUACCUGAUCAACGCCAGCCCUGUGCCAGAUUCCACACCCGCCACAACUACGACAACAGCCACAACGACAACACACAGCGAUGACGAUGUGCAGAUUAUUAACUAUUCCAAUGAUAAUGAAGGCGCCAAUGGCUAUAACUUUGCCUUUGAGACCAGUGAUGGCGUGACGCGCAAGGAAACGGCCACGGUGAAACAUGCUGGCGCGAUAUCGGUCGAGGGCACAGUCAGCUGGACGGGCCCGGAUGGUGUGCAAUAUACACUCAAUUAUGUCGCCAAUGAGCAUGGCUUCCAGGCACAAGGCACACAUCUGCCCGUGGGCCCGGAGCCAGCGUCAUAAGAGUUUAUCUUUUUUAGGUUAUGAGCGUCUAUAACUAGAUUCGGCAGCAGAAUAUGGUUUUAUUAGUUGUAUUAGUUGUACGUGUAUUGUGAUGUUAAAUUUUAGUUCAAUUGUAAAUAUUUUCUAAGCAAAUGAAGCAAUUUACGUGUAGUGUACGAAUUAUGUGGAUAGGCUAGUCGUUGUUGAUACUGUUAAUAAAUAGCGCUGCAUUGAAGUAAAGUAUUUUAUUGAAUUCUGUACAAUCACAUCGGGCUCAACCUUCUUAGCUUAACUCUUUAGCAUGUGUGUCAUUCGUUUCAGUAAUAGCGGAUUAACUUCAUUUAGAUUUUAAUUCGCCCAUUACUUUUAUGCGCAUGCGUCAUACUCCAUUGAAUGUAUUUUAAGAUUCAAGUUUAUAAUAUUGCCUUCAUGCAAGUUUGUUUACUUUUGUAGAAUAUAAUUGUAGAACUCCGA